AUGCCUACCAGCAAGAACGCGACAACGUCGGAACCUUCAAAAAAGAAGAAGAAGGUUUCAAAUCACGAUGCCGUUGCGGAAGCAAUUGCAAAGCAAUUUAACAAGGCUCAAAAAUCUAAAGCCUCUCAUGAAAAAUGUAUUGCUUUGUUGUUGGAAAUUAUGAAUGAAAAGUAUGAACUCUUUCUAGAGAAAUUUUUUGAAAUUAUACAUCCCGUGUUGAUCAUUUCCAAGAACGAGAAGUCAGCUGAAAAUAUUGUUCAGUUGAUUGCAAAGUUUUGUGCUGCUGCGAAGGCACAAGAGCUCUCUUCUGAGUCUAAUGCUGCAAAGCAAGGUUAUGAUUUUACUGUUGAUUUUGUUGAUAAUUUGAUUGUCUAUGCCAACGCUUCAAACAAAACUGUAAGGUAUAGAGUAGCACAAAUCACAAGCCAAAUCAUUGAAAAGAGUCCUAUGACGGAGGAGAUUGACGAAGAUUUUGUCAAUUCAAUCAAAGAAAAGUUUGUACCAAGACUACGAGACAAACUUCCAGCUGUUCGAUUAAUGGCUGUAUGCGUUCUUUCUAAAUUUCAAGAUCCUCAUUCACAAUGUACAAUAAUGUCAGAAUUUCUGCGAAUGAUGAGCUCAGAUCCUAACAAGGACGUUAGAAAGGAAACAGUUAGGCGAAUUUUUUUGUUAAAACAAACGCUUCGUGCAGUUCUUGACAAAGUAAAAGAUGUAAAGGAGGACGUGAGAAGUGCUGCAUAUGAAAAGAUUUUCUCGACAGUUAAGAUGAAAAACUUUACUAUUCAGCAAAGAGUUGAAAUGAUCAAUUAUGGAUUGGAGGAAAGAGACCCCAAUGUAAAAGAACAAUUUGAACGUUUAUUCAUUGAGAAAUGGUUCUCUGAUUUUAAGUUUGACAUUAAUAAGUUUUUGACCAUUCUAGAUGUUAUAGAGUACGAACCCAUCUGUGAAAAGAUCAUUCGAUUAAUUCUGGAUAGGUCAGACAAGAUUUCCAUCGUUGGAGAUAAGGUUGAUUUCCAAUCACUUACUCCAGAACAAGCUCUUUUCUGGAGAUGCAAAUGUCAAUACCUAGCAUCCAAAAAAAAGGAUUUGGAUGAUUUGCUUCCUUCUUCUAUUACUGAUUUUGUACGUUUGAUCAUUGAACAUGUCAAACAAGAUGAUGAAUUCAUUGUCAGACAACUACUAAUAAUCUCUAAGUAUCUUGAUUACAGUGAUGAAGUUGGAAGAUCAAACGUUCAUUCAUUAUUGAGCGAGAUGCUUUCUUCGUUCCACAACCCAGAGGCUCAUGUAAAGGAAAUAAUUGAAUCCUUAAAAUGUAUUCUCCCAAAUCCUGAAGAUUUUCAAUCUACUAUUCUAAAUAGAAUAGAUUUACUUCGAAAUGCAGCUCUAACCGUAUCCAAAAACAGAACCAUCCAAGGAGAACACUUGGAAUUGCAGAAAAAAGAGAGAAUACAACAACUGAAUCUCACCAAAGAGGAAAUAUUGAAGAAGAUACAACAACUAAACGUUGAAAAAACAUUUCUUGCUCAAAAAGAAGAGUAUUUGGCAGCGAAACAAAAAUUGGAUCAAAUUAUGGAGCUCCAUCACAAGUUGAAAGAGAUUGAGGCUGAAAUAACUAAAAGAGAUGAAGUGAGAGAUGACAUGGAAGAAAUUUGUUUGUGGUUAAGAGCGUUGCAAACUACGUAUGAGUUUAUCCUACAAGCUUAUUUACCAGUGGAUAUUUCUCAAUUCAUUUAUCUUCUAGAUGAUCUUAUUUUAAUUACCUUAAAUCAUGAUUAUGACUAUCUCAGAGCUCUUUCCAUCAAAACACUCGGCCAAUUUUGUUCUUUAAAUAUUGAUGAUGCCAAACAGCAUAUUGGAACUCUUGUUAAUAUUCUUUCUCAAGAGACAAACGAUGAUUGUAUCAAUGAAGUGUUACAAGCCUUGUUCGAUAUAUUCCGAAUUCAUUCUGCACAAGCACUUCUGACUCAACAAGAAAGCAAAAAGAUCAUGCUCAAGAUGAAAGACAAAUGUUCUUCAAGCAGCCGACAAGUAAGAACCACUUGUUGUGAGGGCUUUGCCAGAUUGCUUCAAACCAACACGAUUUACGAACAAGACUCUGCAGAGAUUUUAUCUGAUUUAAUAUUGUUGCUGUUUAAUGAGGCCACAGAAAAAGAUCAUAGAUUGCGUCAAUGUCUUACAAUAUUCUUUCCAGCAUAUACUUACAAGUCUGCUAAUAAUAUGAAAACAAUGGCUUCUGUAUUUAUGAAUACUCUACGACGUGUGAUUCAUGCCGAUAAGAAAUCAACCCUUUCUAAAAUCAACAUACAGACUUUAAGUCAAUACAUGUUGGAGCUUACAAAUCCAGAAAAGUUGUCAGACAAACAGAAGGCAGAAAUCAAAGUAGACACUCUAUGUUUGCAUGAAAAUAUUGGAAUUGCGUUAGCUUUCGAAAUAUCAUUGAAACCAAGCUCCAAAGAAUCUCAAAUUUUCUGCAAAUUAUUUUCCUCACUCUCGAUUUACAACACUAACAAGUAUCAUAUCAAGAAACUCAUUGCUCUAUUAGAAAUGGCACGAGAAAAGAUUUCCAACAAAAUUACACAACGCUCUUUGGAAAAAUAUAUUGAAACACUAAAGCAAAACCUAAAGAAACCAAAAGAGGAACAAGAUCAUGAAGAUGACGACGAAACAGCCAACAUGGAACAAAAAAUUGAAGCAGAAAUUGAAUUAGAGCGUAGCCAAAUUGAAAUGGAACUUGAGGUAUUUGUGGAUGCGUUAGAUGAAAAACAUAUUGAGCAUUCAAAGACUCCUGACACAGUAAAACGUCAAGAACGUGCAAAGAAUCCUAAUCAAUCUGAAAUUCGAGUGAAUUUAAUUGAGCUAGGUGAAGAACGCACCAAAUUAUUCUCAACUCCCACACAAACCAAAUCCAAUCGAUAUCCAACUCCACCAACAAUCAAUGAAUCUCCCAUUCAACUUGCAAAAGCAACUUCUCCAUUCACUCCUCUCACACCUCAAGAUGAAGAAGAAAUUGAUAUCAGAGCAACACCCAAUCGCAAAUCCAUUUCUAAACAACCUUCAUCAGGAAGAAAAUCCAUUACACAAACCAACGACAUGUAUGACAGUGAAGACACUAUCGAAGAGUUAAGUGACGGUGAUAGUAUUUUAGAGGAAAAAGUGACCGAACAACCAAAGAAGAAGAUUUCAUUUGCAUCUCCUGAAGCCACGACAUCAUCGUCGUCAUCGUUCAAGCCAUCCACCCAACCACCCAUUCGAAAAUCCUCAACCAAACAACUCGCAUAUGAAAUUUCUAACCUGUUGAACAAUGCACCACUGAGCUCUGAUGAUGAUGAAGAUUAG